AAAAUCGUUUCUUACUCAAGAUCUUGACGCGUUUUAUGACGACUUCCAAACACCUUAAUCUCGUUCCCCCAGUGGUCGAAGCCGACCACGUGGAAGAACUGGUCCAAUCCGGGCGAACGACCGCGGCAUGUUUCUCACCUUACAACAAGUCUCUGGCUGUGUUUCUCCCUCCGAACCCUGGAUCGCAACUUCAAGGCGGUAGUGGGGAACAGGACAUAUACUUUGCGUCAUCAGAAGCGCAGCCAUCCUCUGAGAGGCGACUCUUUAUCAGCGACACGUCCAUCAUCUUUGCUGCAUUCCAGAACUUCCUACGGGUAUCCUCCACACCAGAGAACGAGUGGUCUCAACGGGACGAUAGUGUAAGGACUAUUCGGAAGCUCGCGACGGACUACGUCAACUUCACUAAGGAGUGCUGGAUACAUGCUUCGCAAGCCACCAAGGAAAAUCAGUCUUCCCUUCAGUUUACGGGCGAUCACUACCGCACACUCUACACAUGCCUAUCUCUAUUUGUCGUCCUUUACGUGCCCGACAGCGGUCUAGAGGAUGCACCUGUUGGGGACGAGUUGAUGGAAUGGUUGAACAUGCACUUCAUAGAGCCGUCGACGGAGGAAGGCGAUCAUCUCUCAAGUUUGGAAAAACCAUGGGAGGACGAGACAUUUUGGCCUUACCUCCUGCGGGCGACCAUGCGCGGCCUCGUCAAAGCAGCCACGUUUUUCCUGGAGGCUCUGUCGCGACAUCCAUCCAACUAUCUCCGUCGCCUAUCGAGCCAACUCAUUCCUUUGCUGAGUGACCAACCUCAUCUCCAGAACUUCGCCGCCGAGCGCGACUUCGCGCAUGCCUCUCGUCGGUGGAGAGAAAAGGUCAAGGCCAUGCGCGUUGAAUUGACCAACGUCCCCGAAUCAGACCGGAGAGAUGAAUAUGAAAACUGGUGGGACCGGCUGAGCUCAAUUGUCGGAAUCCUCGAAGGGCGCACGGAGGUAAUUGAGAAAGUGUGCGAUGAACUGGGCGCCGACUGGAAAGAACUCAGUGUCGCGUGGGGAGUUUUCGCGGAUUUCAGGCUCCGGAGGCAAGAUCUACCAGAUGUCGUCGCACAGAUUGUGGACGAUGUACCACCCGAUCCGACGGACAUGGAAGACAUGGUUCAUGCUUCUUUGUUCGGAGGUGAUCCCAUGAAAGCGCUAAGCUAUGCCAGCCAGUUAGAUCCCUGGCUCGCCGCUCACAUGGCUGAUAUCAUGCAGUCACUUGGCCUCAUAGAUCGAGAGCCAGUCGAAGACACUGGUUUGACCGUGCGAGAUUCAUACAUGCUAGCUUACGCUGAAUAUCUUCACUCCGACGCUGCGCUAUGGCGACUCACUGCAGCAUACAUGUUUUCUUGCGGCGAAGUCGGGGUCCAGUGUGCGGACGAAGUGCUGUUGCGUGUGCCCCUACGGUUAGGUGUUCCGCAACAAUCGGCCGGCGAGGACGUUACUGGAGUCCUAACUGAUACUUUGAGGGACGUCAACGCCAUCUGUUUCGAGUAUCAGCGAGAGGAGGUUCGGCGGUCCGUAUGUAAGAUUGCCGCUCAAGAACUCAUGCAAAAGAAGGAAUAUGGCCUGGCGAUAAGCUAUUGUUCUUCGGCAGAAGAUUGGCCGGGACUUGGACGUGUGGUAGAUCGGGUACUAGACGAAUACAUCAUCUCAGGGCCAGAGAACUUCACUAAAUAUGUUUCAGGCAUCGCCCCCUCGCUGCAGGUACUCAAUACGGCCUCGGCGGCCCAAGGGGUGUUCAUUUAUCGGCUAAUGUUUGCCGUUCGCUAUGCGGAGUUCCAUCAACGUAUGAGCUGCCAGGAUCUUCAAGAAGCAGCGUGGGACCUCGUCUCCAUCUUCCAGGAGGAGACUGCACCCAAGUCAUGGUGGGGAGUUCUGUUGCUAGAUGCGCUCGGCCUACUGGAACACAAGGCUGCGCUGCUCUUCUCAUACCCUAGUGCUUGUCUGUUACUCCGCCGCCUAGAAGAGGUCUUCACCAGAUCGCAGCACGGCUCGGGAGACGAUUAUCUGCGAAUGCUGAACAGGAAGGCCCAUAGUACCCCGGAAGCUGCGUUGAACCAGUUACAGGCUGUCCGUUUAGCACUCGCCAGGUACUUCGCGAGAUGUACGAUGAUUGGCACCGGCGGGAAACAAUUCAUGGGGAGAAGGUCUGAGAUACCGGCUUGAACAAAGC